CAGCGCUCUUGCUGUUGCGUGUUUUAAUCCCGAGCGUAACGGGGAGCGCUGUUUUGGUUUUUAUUUCGUCGUCUUGUGUGAUUUAGCGGCGUUUUCCAGGAUGGACGACAGUAAAGAAUCGUUCUCAGUGAGAGAGGAGAGAAAAAGGGAUCGCCAGACAGAUCCAGGCCAUUACACAGCUGCUGACCUUGAAGUCAUUGACAGUACAGACAGUGACAUUGGCUUCUGCGGCUGGUUCCUGGUGCUGUUCUCGAUCCUCCUGACCAUCCUCACUCUUCCCGUCUCCAUAUGGAUGUGCAUUAAGAUUGUAAAGGAGUAUGAACGUGCGAUAAUCUUUCGCCUGGGCCGGAUUUUGCGAGGAGGAGCCAAAGGACCAGGUCUUUUUUUUAUACUGCCGUGUACAGACAGCUUCAUUAACGUGGACAUGCGCACCAUUACUUUCGACAUCCCCCCUCAGGAGGUGCUCACUAAAGACUCUGUGACCGUGAGCGUGGACGGCGUGGUGUAUUACCGCGUACAGAAUGCCACCCUGGCUGUGGCCAACAUCACCAACGCAGACGCUGCCACACGCCUCCUGGCACAGACCACUCUCAGGAACGUCCUGGGCACCAAGAACCUCGCCGAGAUCCUGUCUGAUCGUGAAGAGAUCGCCCACAGUAUGCAGUCCAGUCUGGAUGAUGCGACUGACGACUGGGGCAUUAAGGUGGAACGGGUGGAGAUUAAAGACGUUAAACUGCCCCUACAGCUCCAGAGAGCUAUGGCUGCCGAGGCCGAGGCUGCACGGGAGGCCAGAGCUAAAGUGAUCGCCGCUGAAGGAGAGAUGAACGCGUCCCGAGCGCUGAAGGAAGCCUCUCUGGUGAUCGCCGAGUCUCCGUCUGCGCUGCAGCUGCGCUACUUGCAGACCCUCAACACCAUCGCUGCUGAGAAAAACUCCACCAUCAUCUUCCCCCUGCCAAUCGACAUGUUGCAGUCCUUCCUGAAGCGCUGAGCUGACGUCUACGUCCUACACACACACACACACACACAUACAUAUAGAAACACACAGUUAUACACUGAAGAUGUAAUGCAGGCAAAUACAGAUCAGCAGCACCUAAGGAUCCAACAUACACAUACACACAUACACACACACAUACACACACACACAUUCUCUCGCUGUUGCAGUGAUAUUAUCAUCACUUGAAGUCAGGGGUGAUCUGACAGCAACAUCACUGAUGAUAGUUGAUAAUUCUGUUAGGGCUGGGCCAUGUGACGCAAAUAUCACAUCCUAUAUACUAUAAUUUAUAAAGAUAAUGUUAUUAUUAAACUGCCAGAAAAAGAGUCUUAUUGCAUUUCAAAAUAAAUGUUUAAAACAAUUAGUGUAGGAUUGUUUUUAUUUAGUCUACCUUAAAAUGAAUUCAAAUAAAGAAAUAAAAUAAAACACCUACAGUAUAUAAAUUUAAAAUCCAUUAGAAGUAUGUGCAGUAGGUUACUGGGUUCAGUAGGUCGAAGGUUCGAACUCUGCUGUGCUCUCACCCCAGCUUCCUAACUGGGUUAUGCAAAAAUGUUUUCCUUUUUUUUUUUUUUUGGAAUUACAGUGAAAAUUUCUAUUUUCUUUUUUUUUUUUUUUACUUAAUAUGGAUAUCGUAUUAUGUAGCCCAGCUCUAACGUCUCUGUGCCUAUUACUUUGUCUGACAGAGCCGCUACAUAACAACCAAAUCUAUCCUUAUAAAGCCUUAACCAUAAAUGUUCAUGUUUAAAUGUGUAGCGUUUACUCAUAUGCUGUUCUUUUCUUUUUAAAAGAGUUUCUAAUAUCGUUUAGUAUUUUAUUAAAUAUUUUUUGAACAUAAAUAAGUCUAAAUCAAAAUAUAUCGCAGUCAUCUUUGGUUAUAAGUUUUUCGAGCCUUUUCAAGCGUGUUACGUUUAACAAAUAGUGAACAUUCAUGCGUUUCUCAUAUCCUCAGUCAAUCGCAGGGACAAUGGCAAUGCGCCAGUACGCAGAAGAGGGCCGACAGCAGGGUCCUCUGAGAGCGUUAUAUACGCACGUACAAAGCUUUAGUGUUACAUUAAUACAGUAGCUUUAUAAUACAGACUGCUGACUUCAUGUGGUUUGCAAGAAGCACGUCAUGGCCUUUAAAGCUAGGGGAGAGCUGGGUAAUGCGCGGGCAGGGGGGGGGGAUUGGGGGGGUCACCAAUUGGUGGAUUGAGUAGAGGGAAAAAAAAGAACAAAAUGAAUUUAACACCACAUUGUUUUACCUGUUUUUUUCCCCAUAUAUUAAUUCAUGUAUAAAAUGUAUCUCUCUGUAAUGCUUGACUUUUUUUUUAUAUAUUGUUUUGCUUUGAAUUACUUACCUGGAGCUUUUGACAUUUGCUUAGACUUUCUUAUCUUUUUGUGUUUUGUCUUGUGGAUCAGGAAGAAAUGUGGUUCAGCAGUUGAAAUCUUCCAUCUUGCAUAAAAUGUUAUUUCAAUUUUGUAUUCCACCUCUGGAGAAUACCAGUAAUGUGCCAUAAAUAUUGUCUAAUAUCAGUACGUCUCCAUUUACAUUACAGCUACUGAUUGAUACCAUUUCUACCCUGGUAUUGUAUUGUACUUGUCUUCUUUAUAUUAAUUGCAUGUACAUGAAAAUAUAUCAGAAUCAUUUACCAUGGAUUAUGCGUUUGUUCAUUCUAAUCCGAAUGCAUUAAACACAUCAGGCAACUUUGAAA